AUGGUUCAAUCUUCAGUGACUUCAUUACCUGCCUGCCAAAAUCUUUGUGCCAGUACUCCAGGAUGUCAAGCCAUUGAAUGGGUUCCUAAUAACGGCGUAGGCUCGCAAUGUUUCACAUUCACUUCUUCAGCUGUUCCGACUAUCAGCGCAUCUGGAAUUAACCAUUACAUUUGUUCAGGGACUACCGCGGUCACAUCAACAUCAGGUUGUUCGUGGACUACAUACACCAACCUCCAAUUGUUCGGAGGAAUGGUUCAAUCUUCAGUGACUUCAUUACCUGCCUGCCAAAAUCUAUGUACCAGUACUCCAGGAUGUCAAGCCAUUGAAUGGGUUCCUAAUAACGGCGUAGGCUCGCAAUGUUUCACAUUCACUUCUUCAGCUGUUCCGACUAUCAGCGCAUCUGGAAUUAACCAUUACAUUUGUUCAGGGACUACAGCGGUCACAUCAACUCCAGGUUGUUCGUGGACUACAUACACCAACCUACAAAUGUUCGGAGGAGUGGUACAACCUUCAGUGACUUCAUUACCUGCCUGCCAAAAUCUUUGUGCCAGUACUCCAGGAUGUCAAGCCAUUGAAUGGGUUCCUAAUAACGGCGUAGGCUCGCAAUGUUUCACAUUCACUUCUUCAGCUGUUCCGACUAUCAGCGCAUCUGGAAUUAACCAUUACAUUUGUUCAGGUUGUUCGUGGACUACAUACACCAACCUCCAAUUGUUCGGAGGAAUGGUUCAAUCUUCAGUGACUUCAUUACCUGCCUGCCAAAAUCUUUGUGCCAGUACUCCAGGAUGUCAAGCCAUUGAAUGGGUUCCUAAUAACGGCGUAGGCUCGCAAUGUUUCACAUUCACUUCUUCAGCUGUUCCGACUAUCAGCGCAUCUGGAAUUAACCAUUACAUUUGUUCAGGAACUACAGCGGUCACAUCAACAUCAGAUUUCAUACUUUCCACAAUAUCUUAA